UUCUGAAGCGCGGCUGCCGCGGCCGCCAUGUUCCGGUCGGUUGCUGUGGUGGAGACGCGGCGCUUCGGAUUAAACUUUCCGUUUUAAAUUCAGAAAAUCCUCUGAAAUUUAAAAUAAAUCCUCUGAAGUAAAGCUGUACAAUCACACAAUGCUUUUAAGUUCACGGCAGAACUGAAGGCGCGGGAUCAGAGAGCAGGCCGUCACCAUGACGACCACGGGGCUGCGCAUCGGAGAUCAGCUGGUGCUGGAGGAAGACUAUGAUGAGAGCUACAUCCCUUCAGAGCAAGGUUACUCGUACUCUUCAUCACACACUCAGGACGUCACCGGUGAGGUGUACUACUUCAACUUCUCCUCGGGUCAGUCCACCUGGGAUCAUCCGUGUGAUGAACACUACCGCCAGCUGGUGGAGCAGGAGCGCGAGCGCAACCAGCAUGCUAGAGCCGCUCCAACCGCCGUGAAGAGAGACAAGGAGAAGAAGAAGAAGAAGGACAAGAAAGACAAGAAGAAAAAAACGCAGGAAAUCAAAGUUCCAGGGGUGAGAACAUCUUACAGGAACAUUCAUGUGACCUGUGUUUUGGGUUUUGAUUUGGAUUCUGUGCAUCAGGCUGGCGUGUCGAGCUCUGCUGCUUCCAGGAGCGUUCAUGAGGAGAGGAGCGCUGAGGAAGACGAGGAGGUCUCUGAGGAAGAGAGGCCACGGGAUUCAGCCGGACUCCUGCAGAACCUCCAUCUGGAUCUGGAUGCUCUGGGAGCAGGGCUGCAGUACGAGGACAGUGAGGUCAGUGUGACGGUUCCUCCUGAAGAAAGAACAGAACCUGAACUGCAGGAUUUGGCCCUGUCGAGGGAUCACAGUCCAGAGGCGCCUUCAGAGGACUCGCUGUGUGGACGUCACCUCCAUUCCACAGCAGCUUCACGACCUCUGACCCCGGAUGCUGCGGCGUCCAGCGGCCGAGAGGAAGACGAGCAGAUGAGCGAAGAGGAGAACGCACAGAUCAGAGAUGAAGAGACCGAGAACGAUGAGGAGAUCGAAGAGCAGAUUGAGGGAUCCAGCAGUCCUGAGGAGAAACAGAAGGACCGGACGGAGGAGAGAACUGAAGAAGAGAGUAAAGAUGAAGAAAACAGAGAAGAUGAGAAUGGACAGAUCAGAGACGAAGAGACCGAGAACAGAGAGAGCGAGGAGGUCGAUGAACAGAUCGAGAGAUUCAACAGUCCUGAGGAGGAGGAGAGGAACGCGAUGGAAGAGAAAAAAGAAGAGAGAGAUCAGACUGAGGGUAAAGAUGAUGGAAACAUGGAAGAAGAGAACAGAGACGAAGAGACGGAGAACCAAAAACACAAACAAGAAGAGAUAGAUGAAGUUGAUGAACAGAUUGAGAGAUUCAAGAGUCCUGAAGAGAAGGAGACAACAGAAGAAGAAGAAAGGAAAGGAAGCAUAGAAGAGAACGGACGGAUCAGAGGUGAAGAGAUGCACAACACAGAGAGCGAGGAGAGUGAUGAACAGAUCGAGAGAUUCAAGAGUCCUGAGGAGGAGGAGAGGAACGCGAUGGAGGAGAGAACAGGAGGAGGAGAUCCGACAGAAAGCAAAGAUGAUGGAAACAUGGAAGAAGAGAUGAUUGAAAGAGAAGAACAGGCUGAAACACACAACGGAGAAGCAGAGGCCGUCAGAAGUGUUUCCUCUGAGGAGGAGGAGAAAGAGAGACUUUCAGAGCAUCAGGAGAGUGAGGCAGAGGAGGAUAAACGUGAGGAAGAGCAGAGAGAGACUGAAGGACUCGUCUCGGAGGCUCAGAGCGACGGCUUUCAGAGUAACAGCUCUCGCCUUCAAGUAACUCGCGUUAAAGCAGGGAAGUUUGUGCCUCAGUGGAAUCCAGUGUCCAGUGAGGAGUCUGAGGACGGUGAAGCAGCAGCGUCGCUCUCAUCCGCUGAUAAUGUGCAGGCUGGUUUCCGCUCCAAACUCUCAGAGAAUGUGUUUGAUCUGCUGGAUCUGUCACCUGCAGUGGACAGGAAGGAAGCUGAGGGCGAGGCAGAUGUGGACAGCUGUGUGGAUGUCUCUGACUCUGCAGACAGGCAUGUGUCGCGUGAUGAAGAAGAGAAGAAGAGACAAGAAGAGAGGGAGGUAGAGGAGAAGAGAAAGCGUGAGGAAGAGGAGAAGAAGAGACGAGUAGAGAGGGAGGAAGAGGAGAAGAGAAAGCGUGAUGAAGAGGAGAAGAAGAGACAAGAAGAGAGGGAGGUAGAGGAGAAGAGAAAGCGUGAGGAAGAGGAGAAGAAG